GCCUCCCUCCCACCGAAAAGGCGCUAGUCUGCAGACCACAGACCAGGGAAGGCAGGAACCCCAACUCCCAAGGCUCCAACCCCCCAAACCCAACCCUCCCGCGAGAUCUCUCUCGCCGGCCACCAGCGCCUCCUCAGAUCCGCCUCGCCCUUGCCGGCGCGCGCCCCACGCCGGCCGCCAUGUCGCACAACCACGGCGACACGAUCCCGCUCCACCCCUCGUCGGCGCAGUCCGACAUGGACGAGAUCGAGAGCCUGAUCCACGCCGCGCCCUCCUCGGCCACGGUUCUCCCCGCGCGGCCGCCCUCCCCGCCGCGGGCCUCCAUCCCGGUCUCCUCCUCCCCGGCCCCGGCGCCCGUCCCUUCGAAGCCCCCGCUCCCCGCUGCCUCCAUUCCGAUCUCCGUCUCCCCCGUGCCGCCCGCGUCCGCCUCCGUUUCCGUCCCCAUCGGCGCCGACGGCUUCGGCCCCCCGCCCAACACGCUCACCGAGCCCGUAUGGGACACCGUCAAGCGAGACCUCGCCCGCAUCGUCAGCAACCUCAAGCUCGUCGUCUUCCCAAACCCCUACCGCGAGGACCCCGGCAAGGCGCUCAGGGACUGGGACCUGUGGGGACCCUUCUUCUUCAUCGUCUUCCUCGGCCUCACACUCUCCUGGUCGGCCUCCGUUAAGAAGUCUGAAGUAUUUGCUGUGGCAUUCGCUGUCCUGGCUGCUGGGGCGAUAAUUCUAACUUUGAAUGUUCUGCUUCUGGGUGGACACAUCAUCUUCUUCCAAAGUCUCAGUCUUCUUGGCUACUGCCUGUUUCCACUGGAUGUCGGUGCUCUAGUCUGCAUGCUGAAGGACAAUGUCAUACUUAAGAUUGUCGUGGUGACAAUCACAUUGGCAUGGAGCUCCUGGGCUGCGUAUCCAUUCAUGAGUGCUGCAGUCAACCCAAGGAGAAAGGCUUUGGCCCUAUAUCCUGUCUUCCUCAUGUAUAUCUCAGUUGGUUUCCUCAUAAUUGCCAUAGAUUAAUGAACAGGGUGAGCUUUGUAGUAACUUCUGAGGUGUGAGAAUUUCCCCAUCGAUGAUCGAACCACCUGAAUACAUACAAUGUUUGAGUAGACAAUGUUACUACCCUCAUGGGGUCUGGGAAUUGUCUUGUGGGGAUUUUGGUCUUAAAUGGGCUGGAGGCAUACGGUUGUAAAAUUAGUUGAGAUCUAUAUCUGUUGUAAAGGGCAUGAACAUUGGGCCACUUAAUUUGAUGUCAAACUUUCUUAUACUGUCGUAUGA